UUCAUUGCUUUCUGCUUUAAGCAGCAUUAGUACUAUUUAUAGAUAUAGCCGAACAAUAGAGUUCUCCAGAAUAUAAAUUCAAUGGAUGUUCUUUCUUUAUUGAUCAUUGUUGCAUAUAUACUUAUCCCUUCUCUCAAAUUUUCCAUAGCAGUUGAUACCAUUCUUCUAUCCCAGUCCAUCAGUGAUGGCAUCACCUUGGUUUCCCAAGGUGGAAAAUUUGAACUUGGUUUCUUCAGCCCUGAGAAUUCCAACAAACGUUAUCUGGGAAUUUGGUACAAGAAUAUCCAAAUUCAGACGGUUGUUUGGGUUGCAAACGGGGUCAACGCCAUCAAUGAUUCCUCUGGAAUCUUAACACUGAACAGCACUUGCAACCUUGUCCUUAGACAACAUGACGAGGUUGUUUGGUACACAACAUCUGAAAAACAAGCACAGAAUCCAGUGGCACAGCUUCUAGAUUCAGGGAAUCUCGUGGUAAGAGACAAGAGUGAAGAAAACCCUAAAGCCUAUUUGUGGCAAAGCUUUGAUUACCCAUCUGAUACAGCACUGCCAGGGAUGAAGUUGGGAUGGAACCUCAGAAUUGGUCUGAAUUGGAGAAUGACAUCUUGGAAGAGUCCUUAUGAUCCAUCCCCAGGAGACUUUUAUUGGGGUUCAUUUCUCUAUAAUUAUCCUGAGGUUUAUCUUAUGAAGGGAACAGAAAAGUAUGUAAGAAUUGGACCAUGGAAUGGCCUUUAUUUUAGUGGCAUACCAGAUCAAAAGCCUAACCCCAUUUAUGAUUUCAUAUUCAUAUCCAAUAAGGAUGAGAUGUACUACAUGUAUAGCCUCAAGAAUGUUUCUGUAAUCUCAAGAUUGGUAGUGAAUCAAACCACUUCUAUGUGUUACCGAUAUGUAUGGAUGGAAGAUGAACAAAUUUGGAAGGUUUAUAAGUCACUUCCAAAAGACAAUUGUGACUAUUAUCGCCUCUGUGGAGCCUACGGAACUUGCAUAAUUACAGGCUCCCAAAUCUGCCAAUGUUUAAGAGGGUUCAGUCCCAAGUCACCAGAAGCAUGGAACUCAUCUGAUUGGACUCAAGGAUGUGUCCGUAAUAAACCAUUAAACUGCACUGAGAAACUCAAGGAUGGAUUUGUGAAAGUGGAAGGUGUAAAAGUGCCAGACACUACACAGACUUUGGUGGAUGAGACAAUAGGUCUAGACGAAUGCAGAUUCAAGUGCUUGAAUAACUGUUCUUGCAUGGCCUAUACUAAUUCAGACGUAGCGGGAGCAGGUAGUGGCUGUGUCAUGUGGUUUGGUGAUCUAAUUGAUAUUAGACAGUUUCAAGAUGCUGGGCAGGAACUAUAUAUUCGAAUGGAUGCUUCAGAAUUAGGUAAGGAAGAACAAGAUGGGCACAAGAAGGAGCUGACAAUAAUAGUUGCUACCACCAUUGCUAUAAUUUCAGUGAUGCUAUUUGUUGGUUGUUGUCGUAUCUACAUUGCACGGCGCAGGAUAACUGCAGAGAAUUCAGAUAUUUUAGAACUAACGGAAGGUGAUCAAAAUAGAGGAGGUAGUGAGGAUGAUCUUGAUCUCCCAUUUCUCGACCUUUCAACAAUAGUGACUGCCACUGAUAACUUCUCAAUAAAGAACAAGAUUGGAGAAGGUGGUUUUGGACCUGUUUACAAGGGAAAACUAGUAACUGGACAAGAAAUUGCUGUGAAGAGGCUUUCAAGAAGCUCCGGACAAGGAAUGACUGAGUUCAAGAAUGAAGUAAAACUGAUAGCAAAACUUCAGCACCGAAAUCUUGUUAAGCUUCUUGGUUGUUGCAUUCAGGGACAAGACAGAAUGCUGGUUUAUGAAUACAUGACUAACCGUAGCUUGGAUUGGUUGAUUUUUGAUGAAUCUAAAAGCAAAUUGCUAGAUUGGCCAAAGCGCUUCAACAUUAUCUGUGGAAUUGCUCGAGGUCUUCUCUAUCUUCAUCAAGAUUCUAGAUUGAGGAUAAUUCAUAGAGACCUCAAAACAAGUAAUGUUUUGCUUGAUGACAAGCUAAAUCCGAAAAUAUCAGAUUUUGGCAUUGCUAGAAUCUUUGGAGGAGAUCAGACAGAAGGCAACACAAAGCGAGUAGCUGGAACUUAUGGCUACAUGGCACCAGAAUAUGCUGCUGAUGGACUUUUCUCUAUGAAAUCUGAUGUUUUUAGUUUUGGUAUUUUGUUGCUGGAGAUUAUAAGUGGAAAGAGAAGUAGAGGUUUUUAUCUCGAAAACCACACUCCUAACCUUGUAACUCAUGCAUGGAGUCUUUGGAAAGAGGGAAGGGCUUUAGAACUGAUUGACUCAAACAUAGAGUACUCUUGUGUUCUAUCAGAGGUAUUGCGUUGCAUCCAUGUUAGUCUCUUAUGUGUUCAGCAAUACCCUGAGGAUAGGCCUGUAAUGUCUUCUGUGGUUCUAAUGUUGGGAAGUGAGAGUGAAUUAGCUGAGCCAAAAGAGCCUGGUUUUUAUGUAAAAAAGGAUUCGGAUGCAGCAACUUCUUACUCAGGUAGAAGUGAAAUGAUCUCAACCAAUGGAAUAACUAUCACCUUAUUAGAAGCUCGAUGAAAAUAGAUGAAAUUAAAAACAAACUACAACAUUGAUCAUGUGAGUACAUAUCAGAGAAACUUUCAAAUAUGCACUGAUUGAUAUGUAACAACAGAGAAGAAGAUUUUUUCAGUUCUUUUAUUGUUUAGGCAUAGAUACUGUAUAAAAAGAGGUUACAUAGUCAGAGAUGAUUGUGCUAUAGGAAGUUGGUAACCACAGAGAUAAAAAG